CCCAUAGUUUGAAUUUCAGCUUGUUCAUCAGUUGUUUUGGUCCUUAUUUUAUGUCUCCCCAUUCACCCUCUCCCUCCAUCUCACUGUCUUUCUGUGUUCCAUUCUCCCUCUCUCUCUCCUCCUCUCAUCUUAGACACAGUAGUGUGCCUGCAGCCUCAAAUCUAAGCCGCUGCCUGUCAGGCUGCUCCGUUUAUGCGCUCUGCGCUACUCUCCUUUCCUCUCCUCUCCCCUCUGCGCUUUUGCUGCACUGCACUGCACUGCUCGGCUCGUCUCUCUUCUCCAUCUCUCCUCCAUCUCUUUUUCUCUUUUUUCUCUUUCUCUACCUGCAUCCCUUCACCCCACACACUGUUAUCUCUGUCGUUCAUUGCUGCGCUCUGCUCAUUGUUGUUUGGGAAAUUACUGUACACUCUGGGUUUCUUCGCUCCAGAACUGAGUACACUCAGGCUACUGGUGGAAGAGGAAUCAGAUGUUCUUGGUGCUCCAGGUUUGGCUUGCCUCGGACUCUUUGGCUCUGUGCGGCCCGGUGAGGAGAAGAGGGCAGGGAGGGGAGGGGGGGCACAGAGCUGCCCGGGUGAGAGCUUCAUCUGCUUGGUGGAGUAAAGGCUUCAAGGUGGUGGCGGUAUUGGUUGAUGGUUGUCCGUCGAGGGUCAUGCCCUGGGACUUGCGUGCUUUUCGGCAGUUGGAGUUGGAGACCCUCUUCCGUUUUUGCUCCCCCAGUGGGGUAGGAUUGAUCCUGGUCCCGGGAAAAGCCGCCGGGCACCAGUGGCUGCACCGUGAAGAGCGGGCACCAUGAACCAGCUGGAUGCGCCACGGCCACUCAACUGGACCAUCAGAAAACUGUGCCAUGCAGCCUUCCUGCCAUCUGUACGCCUGCUAAAGGCACAGAAAUCGUGGAUAGAAAGAGCAUUCAGCAAGAGAGAAUGUGUUCGUAUCAUAGUGAGCGCCAAAGACCCCCAUAGGUGCUGUUGUGGUCGUCUGAUAGGUCAGCAUGUGGGCCUGCCCCCAGGCAUCUCAUCCAGUCAGAAUGAUAAGGCAGAUCGUUUGGCCAAGAAUGACAGCCUGUCGGAGAAGUGGUCGAUCAGCAAACACACACAGCUCAGCCCCACUGAUGCCUUCGGCACCAUUGAGUUCCAGGGGGGAGGACACUCCAAUAAAGCCAUGUACGUGCGAGUGUCUUAUGACACCAAGCCUGACCUGCUGCUUCACCUGAUGACCAAGGAGUGGCUGCUGGAUCUGCCCAAGCUACUCAUCUCGGUCCACGGUGGCCUGCAGAACUUUGAAUUACAGCCCAAACUCAAACAGGUCUUUGGCAAAGGGCUCAUCAAGGCUGCCAUGACAACGGGAGCCUGGAUAUUCACCGGCGGAGUCAACACAGGAGUGAUUCGCCAUGUGGGUGAUGCAUUGAAAGACCACGCCUCCAAGUCAAGGGGGAAGAUCUGCACAAUUGGCAUUGCUCCGUGGGGCAUUGUAGAAAAUCAAGAGGAUCUUGUUGGCAAAGAUGUGGUGCGUCCAUACCAGACCAUGUCCAACCCCAUGAGCAAGUUGACGGUUCUGAACAGUCUCCACUCCCACUUCAUCCUGGCAGACAAUGGCACCACGGGAAAGUACGGCGCAGAGGUCAAACUGCGACGUCAGCUAGAGAAACACAUCUCCCUGCAGAAGAUCAACACACGUAUCGGUCAGGGUGUGCCGGUUGUGGCUCUGAUCGUAGAGGGAGGCCCUAAUGUGAUCUCCAUCGUGCUGGAAUACCUCAGGGACACACCACCCGUCCCUGUGGUGGUGUGUGACGGCAGCGGCAGGGCCUCAGACAUCUUGGCAUUUGGACACAAAUACUCCGAGGAGGGAGGUAUAAUAAACGAGACUCUACGAGACCAGUUGCUCGUGACCAUCCAGAAGACUUUCACCUACAGCCGCACACAGGCGCAACAUCUGUUCAUUAUUCUGAUGGAGUGCAUGAAGAAGAAGGAGCUGAUAACAGUUUUCCGGAUGGGGUCGGAGGGUCAUCAGGACAUUGACCUUGCCAUCCUCACUGCUUUACUCAAAGGUGCCAACGCUUCAGCUCCUGACCAGCUGAGUUUGGCUUUGGCUUGGAACAGAGUGGACAUCGCCCGCAGUCAAAUCUUCAUCUACGGGCAACAGUGGCCUGUCGGUUCCCUGGAGCAGGCCAUGCUGGAUGCCUUAGUUCUGGACAGAGUGGACUUUGUCAAGCUGCUGAUUGAAAAUGGAGUCAGUGUGCAUCGUUUCCUCACGCUUUCCAGACUAGAGGAGCUCUACAACACGAGACAUGGUCCGUCCAACACGCUGUACCACCUCGUCAGAGAUGUCAAAAAGGGAAACCUGCCUCCGGACUACCGUAUCAGCCUCAUCGACAUUGGACUGGUCAUUGAAUACCUCAUGGGCGGGGCGUAUCGGUGUAACUACACCAGGAAGAGAUUCAGAACGCUGUACCACAACCUCUUUGGACCCAAGCGGCCCAAAGCCCUGAAACUGCUGGGGAUGGAGGAUGACAUGCCCAUCCGCAGAGGCCGCCAGAAAACAACCCGCAAACGAGAGGAGGAAGUGGACAUUGAUUUGGAUGACCCCGAAAUCAACCACUUCCCUUUCCCCUUCCAUGAGCUCAUGGUUUGGGCCGUGCUCAUGAAACGCCAGAAGAUGGCGCUGUUCUUUUGGCAGCAUGGUGAAGAGGCCAUGGCCAAGGCCUUGGUAGCAUGUAAGCUCUGUAAAGCCAUGGCACACGAAGCCUCGGAGAACGACAUGGUGGACGACAUCUCCCAGGAACUAAACCACAACUCCAGAGAGUUUUGCCAGCUGGCGGUGGAACUCCUAGACCAAUCCUAUAAACAGGACGAGCAGAUGGCAAUGAAGCUGCUUACGUACGAGCUGAAGAACUGGAGCAACGCCACCUGCCUGCAGCUGGCGGUAGCAGCCAAACACAGAGAUUUCAUCGCUCACACCUGCAGUCAGAUGCUGCUGACCGACAUGUGGAUGGGACGCCUGCGCAUGCGCAAGAACUCCGGCCUGAAGGUCAUCUUAGGCCUGCUUCUGCCGCCAUCGAUCCUGAGUCUGGAGUUCAAGAACAAGGAUGAGAUGUCCUACAUGCCCCAGGAUCAGGAGGCCUACCUGCAGGAGAAGGAGGAGGAGGAGCCCGAGAAACCAGUCAAGGAGAAGGAGGAGGAAGACAUGGAGUUCACAGUAAGAUCUUACUGUGAGGCGCAGUACAACUCCGUGGCAAUGCUGGGAAAGGUGACCACAGAAACAUCCAGAAAGAAGGAUGUCGAGGAAGUUCAGAAACGACACCGACUCAUUCCCUUGGGACGCAAGAUAUACGAGUUCUACAACGCUCCAAUCGUCAAGUUCUGGUUCCAUACGAUGGCAUACGUGGGCUACCUGAUGUUGUUCAACUACAUUGUCCUGGUCAAGAUGGACCUGUGGCCCUCUACUCAAGAGUGGAUCGUCAUUGCUUACAUCUUCACCAACGGCAUCGAGAAGAUGAGAGAGAUCCUGAUGUCAGAGCCUGGGAAGUUGUUGCAGAAGGUGAAGGUGUGGCUUCAGGAGUACUGGAACAUCACAGACCUCAUGGCCAUCCUGAUAUUUUCCGUCGGCAUGGUUCUCCGUCUCCAGGAGCCGCCGCUCAUGAGCUACGGGCGGGUCAUUUAUUGCGUCAAUAUCAUCUAUUGGUACAUCCGGUUGCUGGACAUCUUCGGGGUCAACAAGUACCUGGGUCCCUAUGUGAUGAUGAUUGGCAAGAUGAUGAUCGACAUGAUGUAUUUUGUGAUCAUCAUGUUGGUGGUGCUGAUGAGUUUUGGGGUGGCGCGUCAGGCCAUCCUCAACCCUAAUGAAGACCCAUCUUGGAUGCUAGCUAGGAACAUCUUCUUCAUGCCUUACUGGAUGAUCUACGGAGAGGUGUUUGCCGACCAGAUUGACCAUAUGCAUAGUAGGAAGUUAAAGCACAGGCUGAAUGAAAAACUCUGGCUGGGCGCAAAUUACUUACGAACUUACGGAACCUGGCGUAGUAGUGGUCCAUCCCACUUUCCCCAGUGCAGUGAAAACCCCACCCCCUGUGGUCAGAACGUCACUACGGACGAUGGGGGGGUGGUGGCCCUGCCCCCAUGUAAGACGGGCGCCUGGAUCGUCCCGGCCAUCAUGGCCUGCUAUCUGCUGGUGGCCAACAUACUGCUGGUCAACCUACUCAUAGCUGUGUUCAACAAUACAUUCUUCGAGGUGAAGUCCAUCUCCAACCAGGUCUGGAAGUUCCAGCGCUACCAACUCAUCAUGACUUUUCACGAGCGCCCAGUCCUCCCUCCGCCGCUCAUCAUCUUCAGCCACAUCACCAUGGUCCUCAAGCAUCUGUGUUGCCGCUGGCGCAAGCACGACGACGACGAGCGGGACUAUGGCCUGAAACUCUUCAUCACAGAGGAGGAGCUGAAGAAAGUCCACGACUUCGAGGAGCAAUGCAUAGAAGAGUACUUCAGAGAGAAAGAUGACCGAUUCCACUCCUCUAACGAUGAGAGGAUCCGAGUCACUUCUGAAAGGGUGGAGAAUAUGGCCAUGCGUCUGGAGGAAGUCAAUGAAAGGGAACACUUCAUGAAGGCGUCUCUGCAGACCGUUGACAUCCGUCUGGCCCAAAUGGAGGAGCUGAUUGGACGAAUAGCCGUAGCGCUGGAGCGCGUCACAGGUGUUGAGCGUGGUGAGGUCAACAAAGUUCGUUCCAGGACUUCCUCUGACUGCACAGACUCUGCAUACAUGCUCCGCCAGGGGGAGUGCCCAGAUGCUGCAUACAUCCUCCGUCAGAGCAGCUUCAACAGCACAGAAGGAAAUGCCUACCGCCUGCAGGAGGCACUGGAGGGAACAGCUGAGGGCUCCAUGUCGCCUCCGUCUCCCACUGGCAUGGCUGCACGGACAAGGAGCCACUCGUUUUAUGUCGGCCGCGGCGGCGAACGUGCGAGCGGAGCGGAACGAGCCGAGAGCUUCUUUAAAGAGCGCUCGCUCAGUCUCCAUCGCGCCAACAGCUCCCAAUCAGUGUCCUCAGGUGCCGCCCCCAAGGAGUCUAAGCCCCUCCCCCUGGCAACGCUGUCGGUCUCCCAGCAGCACCGUCCAUCAUCAUGCAUUGAUAUCUAUGUCUCCACUUCUGAGGAGGUGGGGCCGGGGGAGGUUUUUCUGGAUCAUCUCCGAAUGGUCCCACCGCUCCAGCGAGAGCGCUCGCUGCAGUCCGAUAUUAUGGAGACGGUGCUGCCGGGAGGGCGGGACUUCAGCAGUACCGCCACCAGCGGUAUGGGCGACAGGCACUCGGAGGGCGGAGCGGGCAGCAGUGGAACAGCUGGAGCCAUGUUUGAAGACAGUGCGGCGGCAGAUUUGUCAUUGUGCUCAGCCCACCUCCUACCAGACACCACUUUACCUCCUUGGGACUUGGAACCAUCCCCGCCUCCCUCAGCAGGGCUGCUUGAGCGCUCUAAGAGCACCCGCUACCUCUCCACAGCUGGCACGGUUUUCAUGGAUGAGGCCCCACUGGUCAAGUCCCACAGCCUCAUGUUCACACCGAGAGGCUGCUACAGUGGACUGGGGGCUGGAGUCCAGGUAAAAGCUGCCGAGUACACCAGCAUCACUGACUGCAUCGAUACGCGCUGUGUCUCCGCUCCAUACACUCCUGUAGAACGCUCGCACUCCCCCGGAGGAUCCACCUCAUUCCCUUUCGAUAAGCCGUCAGACAUUGCGUCCUCUCACCCGGAGAGAGAGGCAGAGCUUAGCCACACUGAGUCAGAUCCAGAGGACCCUGAGGACCUGAUUUCAACCCCUGAUACCCCUCGUCUAGGGGGCCUCGGCGGGCCUAGUGGGGCACCUCUCUGCUCCCCCUACUCUAGGCUGGAGCGGGCAAACAGCUGCUCCUCAGACGACUCCCAUCCUUCCCUCACCCUGGCCCCUCCGCACCGGAAGAGCCUGUCGGUGAGUGAGAGGAUGGAGAGGGGACAGAGUCUGGGGGCAGACAGGGGGUCUGGGUCGGGUGACCGGGGUCUGGCAGGCACCAGAAACCCCUUCCUCAGGAGCAAGUCCGGAGCACGGCCUGAAACAGCCAAGACUGACAGCCUCUCAAUGAGGAAGCUGGCCACUCCGUCAGCAUUCCGCAGCUUUGAUAGACAAAACUACACGUGACAAGAACAGUGGUCGGCACACUCACACACUGAUUGGACCAGGGAGGAACACUGAAAGGGCCGAGUGAAAGCGGGGUGAAGUUGCCCAUAGAUGCUGAUCAGGACCACAGUUUUUCCACUUACAUUUUAGGUCAGAAAAAGGUGGUAAAAGUGUACUCAUAGUCAGCGCUGGGGGGCAACUUUACCCUGAAGCAGGUGUCAGAGGGAACAGUUGGGAGAUGUAGUGCUCCUACUGUACACCAGUCAAAAUCCAAGAGCUAUGAAUCUAGAGUAGUUUUUACCUCCUUUUGUAGUUAUGUAACUCAAUGGGGUGUUAUGGCAAUGGAAGCAGUAUUUGUACUGUAUGUCUUCCACCCACCACCACUACGUCAAGUAGACAUCUGUCACUGUUUUACGUCACAUAUCAGUCACGUCAGUCAGAGAAAGUAUACUGUUACAAAUAGCUGCAUUAUAUAUUAGAAACUGUCAAGUGGGAGAGACAAAGAGAGGAGAAGGAAAGAAAAAGACAGCCACCUCAUAUGGUCCUUUUGUCUUAGCAUUGAGUCAUCACUUUCGCAAAACCUUCGCUCAAAAUGCAUUAUCCUCUCUUCAUGUAAUCCUAACUCCACUCUAGCACUAGCAAACCGAAGCUAACAUUUUUGGCUGUUUCAUAAAGACAUCAGUGAAGUGUUUUGAACCAUCUGGAACUAUUUCCUCUCUUGGUUGCACUGGAAAUGAUUGCUGUAACAUGGCAACAACUUACCUCUAGAUACAAACAUACAAAUUUUCAGAUAAACAGUAUUCAUCUCUUUUUAUUAUUUCUGAAAGGUAUUUCAAAUAUGCCUUUCGUUGUCUUGCGUUUUGGAGCAUCAUUUGUUUAUUUUGUCAGUCCAGCUAUAGAAAGAAAGCAGUGUUGGAACAUACGCCAGUCGAAUGGCCAUUACUCUAUCACAAGUCUCCAGUCGUGGCUGUCAAGUGUCGGCAGGAAAAAUUAAAUGGGUUUAAUCAUCCAUGUGAUACGAGAGGAAAGAGUUAUCAGGAAAAAGUAUGUGACAUGAAGACUGAGAUUGGCAGGUGACAGCAUCCAGUGUUUUAAGGCUAGAAUCUGUAAGAGGAACAUGAUGGAAAGGUUAAUUUAAGUGCAUGUUGACAUGUCUGCACACACAAACACACACAUGCACACGCACACACACUCACAAAAAUCUUACAUAAUGCUAGAAAAUAAACUUGAUUUCAGAGCUGAUCCCUGAGAGCUUUAAGUGCAAUUGCAAAAAGAAAGGGCAACUAGGGGGCGCUGUUAGCCUAUUUCAGGAGCAAUGCUUGCUGGGAGAACCUGGUGCGAACGUUCUUGCACCUGACACCAAAAAUCCUUACACUCAAUGAAUCAUCGCUCUCUUGUAGCCCAGACCUCCUCCUUCGGGCAUUAUGCUGCAAAGGUUUUACAUCCACUUACGCCUAAUGGAUCCGUCCUUCAUGUACUUUCAUUCCUUUUCCUUUAUUUUAAGUGCAUUCAAAGACAGACACUACAAAAGGAGAUUUAAUAGAAAGCAUUUGCCCGACGACUAAGCCCAUUAUGAAUCAUACACAGGUCAAGAAGAGUUCCUACAGAAAGAGCUAAUUUAUGAAUUUGUCUUUAAAAAAAAGUUUGAAAUAAGCUGUCAAGUAUAUGCAUUUUAGCUGAGAGAUACUGUAAAAAAAAAGUGAACUGCAUUUUAAUUGACAUGGAGG